AUGGGGGGUGCGGGUGGGGGUGUGGUGGAGUAGGGGUGCUAAAAAUGGGAGCUGUGCGGCUGCACCACGGUAAAUGGCUAGGCGGUGGGGGGCGAGGUGGGCUCCUUCUCUCCAACAGUCCCGGCGCUCGCGCGACUCAGGACCACAGUCAAGUACAUAUAUAAACAAAAUGCAAUAAACAGCACAACAAUGGCACGAGGAGAGGGGGAGGGGGGGCGGCGGCGCGGCCGCGAGCGCACUGCGCCCUCCCCCAAUUAAUAAGCGCGAGAAGGAAUGGCCUCAAUUGGGGAAGGAGAUCAGAGUCGGUUGGUCUCUCCAUCAGUUCGGUGCGUCAUGUCAGGAGCCCCAGUGUAGCGGAGGAGCACCGGCCGUCCUGAGAAGUGAUGCUCAGGAGCUCCUGACCCCGGGACCCCGCCGCCCUCCCCACCGCCCUCCUCUCCGGGGAUUAUAACACUGUAUCUGGGUGGCGUUUCAUGCGCUCCGCGCGCUCCCUCCUGCAUUUCGGAUUACCCUCUCGCGGACGGGAUGGAAGGCCGGGACUUCGCUCCUCCAGCCCACCUCCUGUCGGAGCGCGGCGCGCUCGUGCACCGAGCCGCGUCCCGCAUCGCCCCCGGCGGCCCCGGUCCCGUGCAGCCCCCCCACGGGCCCUUCCAGCCGGGCAAGUACUACCCCCCCGCCCUCCACAUGGCCCCGCAUUCAGGCAGCGGACUGAUGGGGAACUCCUCAGCUUCCUUCAUGGGCACGUUCCUGGCCAGCGGCUUGGGCUCGCCGCCCUCGCACCCGCCUCAUCCGUCCGGGCCCCCUUCCUCGCCCUCGUCGCCCUCCUUCCGCGGGGGUCCUCACUCCGGCGCCUCCCAGAUCUGGUUUCCCCACUCUCACGAAGCCCCAGGGUACCCCCGCUUCUCAGGGAGUCUGGCCCCCACCUUCCUUCCCAUGAGCCACUUGGAUCACCAUGGCAACAGCAGUGUUCUGUACGGACAACGUUUCUACGACCCUCAGAAAGAUAACUUCUAUCUAAGGAGCCUUCCGUCGCAGCCGCCCCUCCUGUCGGCCAACCACGGCUUCCCCGGCAUCUCCCGAGCGACGCCGGGACACCCCUUGGGCUCCUGCAGUCGGGAGAGGGAAUCGGGCAGCGGGGGCGGCCCGCACAAGGGAUUGAAGGAGGCGGGUGGAGAACGUGGAGUCGUCCAUGGGGCCAAGGACAAAGAGAGGGCCAGCAGCAAACAAGAGGCCAAGGACAGACCCUCCCAGAGCCUCCAGCCGACUCCGCAACCCCACCACCCGCACCAACCGCAUCAGCACCACCAGCAGCACCACGCUGACCCCCACCCGCAGCACCUCCAGCACGUCUCCUCCCUGGAGGAGGAGGCCAACCGGCCCCUGGAGCGGCACAAGGCCCCUGCGGGGGCCGAGUACAAGGAUAACGCCCUGGCCAGGGGCAAGCACCUCAGUGCCUGUCUGCUGAGCGCCAAGCUGCACAACGGAGACUCCGGAGCCGGCUCCAAGGGCCCCCUGUCCAGCUGCGGUGGCGCGGGCGCUCAGGGUCAACAUGGGGGUGCGGGAGGCAAUGGUAACCGCUGCUCCAAGGACGGAGCAGGCGGUGAGAGGAGAGCCGGCGAGCACUCGGCCGACUGCCUGGAGAGAGGACAAGUGCUGCACCAUGCUGUGCCGUACUCCAUGCCCCCACCUUUGGCUGGGGGCGCCAACCCAGGGGGCUUCCACUGCCUCCCGUUGCAUCCCAGCCACCCCCACCACCCUCACCACCCUCACCACCCUCACCAUCCCCACCAUCCCCACCAUCCCCAUCAUCAUCACCACCAUCACCACCCAGACUUCUACUGCUCUCCCCCACCGGCCCCCUUGCCUGCCCCACCGAUCCAUGAUAAGAGUCUGGCCAGCAGCGGGGGGCGUGACUUGAAGGUGACGGGACCCACAUUUGUGCCCUCUGUGGGGCACCUUGUCGACAAAGGCAGUGGGCCCUUCCAGCUUGGGAACCCUGACUGCCGGGGGGUGCCUGGCGGGGGGGGUGGUGGAGGGGCCAGCAAGGACAAGUCAGUGGAGAAAGGAGGGAACAGCAGUGGGGGCGGGAUACCUAACAGCUGCCAGAGGAAACAGCAGCAGCAGCAGCAGCAGCAGCAGCAGUCAUACGGAAAAGCGGACAAAGCCUCCGAUUGGCUGCCGAAUCACCAUAAUGAGAGCGCACAGCAGGUGCACCCAGGGCCACGCAGCCGGAGCAGAGACUGCGCCAAUGGUGCUGACGUUGACAUCUUCCGGGCCUCGCUCCCUCAGGGGGCCAAGAGCGGCCCUUACCUCGGCACUCCGCCCUACCGCGAUUGCUCCCAGGUGGCUCUGAUCCCCGGUGCCCGCCCCCAGGACGGGAAAGGCGGAAGCGGCAGCGGCGCAGAAGGCUGCCUGGUGCCUCGGGAUGGUCAGAAGGUGGCCCGCAUCCGGCAUCAGCAGCACAGCCGACCCGAGCCAGGCUUGGAGGGAGCCGGGGCAAAACGGAAGCCGGAGAUGGCGUCGCUCGCGUACGGCUCCGGCGGCCAACAGCAGGCGCCUCCGCCUCCCUUGCCGCCGCUGCCGGCGUGGUCCGUGCGAUCUCACCGAAUUCAGCUGGAGGAAGAGCAGCGGAAGACCUACAUGGACCCCUUCGGUGGGGGAGGAGACCGGCAGCCGGAGCAGCAGCCUGGGAUGGGUCCCCAGGAUGCGCAGGCGCCCCAGGGCGAGAGUAGUGCCAUGAAAAGCCUGCUCCAGUACAGCAGCCAGCAGCAGCCGCUCCUGCUCUCCCACAAGAGCGCCUUCGGGGGCCUCGGCUGCCUCGAGUCGGGGGCUGCGGCCGGAGCCGGCGGCGGGAGCAGCUGUGUGCUGCAGGAGAGCAAGCAGACGCUGCCCCCCAGGAAGGCCCCGCCACCGACGGAUGGGGACCGGAUCGACUGCGGGGGAGGCGGGAGGAGCGGUCGGGAGGGCGAUGCCCCGCCUCCUCACGGAGAAGGAGAGGUGCGGCAGCCACCGGUGGGCAUAGCUGUCGCUGUGGCAAGGCAGCGGGAUCCCCCCUCCUGCCGUCCUCUGGACAGUCACCCGGGAAACAGCCGACACAGGGUUAUGGCCGCCAUGAAAGGGAUGCCGCGGCCCGUGUUCCCGCUGGAUCGGGAAGGAGAGGAUGAGAGGAAGCGGAUGUGCGAGGACCCGCUAGGCCUGCCCUGUCCGGACCGGGAUCGAGGCCGAGACCGAGAGCUGCUCCCUAGGGAGAAUAAGGACCGGGUCGAGUUUGCCAGAAUCCACCCGACCAGCAGUUGUCACGGCGACCUGACCUCUCACCUCGUGGUCCCGGGCGGAAGUUCUCUUCAGGCCAGCCAGCUUGGCGCGGACCCCGCCGCGCACGCCCAUCCCGCUCACCACCAUUGGAUGCCGCGGACAGGAAGCCCCUCCUUAUGGAUGACGGGACCUUCCUACGGCAUCGGCCACGCCGCUCUGCACCAGAACCUGCCCCCGGGCUUCUCGGCGGCCAUGCCCAGCCCGCUGCAGCCGGUGCUCCCGCUGCCUCAGGACGCCCCGGCGCAGCUGGUGGUCCUGCCCGCGGAGCCGGCCGCCCACCCAGCGGCACACCACCUGGCAGAUGUGAUGGACCAGUCGGGACUGUGGCCCCCCGUGUACGGCGCCAGGGGGCCCGCCUCGCACAUGCAGCACCCUGCCGUGUACUCCCGUUCCCAGUUUCUACGGCAACAGGAGCUGUAUGCUCUGCAGCAGCAUCAGCAUCAGCACCAGCAUCAUCAUCAGCAUCACCAUCAGCAUCAACAGCAGCAGCAGCAGCAGCAGCAUCAGCAGAGAGCAGCACAGGAGCUACAGCACAGGAGUAGUCAGAUCCAGACGCAGAGGAAGAUGGACGACCCCGCCGCUGAGCUGGAGGACCUGCUGUCGGAGCCCCGGACCCCGAAACCGACCAAACCCUACUCCCUCGCCCCGCCCGCCAAGAGCACCCCCUCCCCGAGCGCCUGUGCCACCCGCCUGUCCCCGUGCUGCCACUCACCUUCCUUGCGCCCCCACCCCAAGAGCACCCCGUGCACGCCGUGCCCCGCCCCCAGCCCGGCCGCCGUCCCCAGGUCCCCCGCUCUGAGCCCCGCCCCUCCGCACCCAUCCAAAGGGGCCGAGUCCCAGGACAAGAGAGGGGAGGGACAGCCUCCGCAGGACUACCCAGAAUCCUUAGAGCCCGAUUUACCACCCGGCUACACGUAUCCCGCCAUCGCCAUGGGCUACAGAGGAGGCCCCUCCCCUCACGACGUCCGAUUGGCCGAACCCGCCGACCUGGAGGCGGUCCAAGCCGAGCCUACUGAGCCGGCCCCGCGGUCCCUCCGUUUCCCCGAGGAGGGGGAGGAGCCUGAGCAGGAAGGGGUGGAGAUUCCCAUGAGGACUACAGAGGAGGAGGAGGAGGAGCCUAUGGAGGCGGAGCCCCAGGAGGAAGCGGGAGAAGUGAGGACAGUGGGCGGUCCCUCUGCGCUCGAGCCAGAGGAGGAGCUCUUUGCCGGGCCUGUGGCCCAGGUCCCUCCCUCCGGUGCCGUCCCGGCCAAUGGGACGGGGACCGAGACCCUGGACGAGGACCAUUCCGCAGGCUGCCAGGACAAGUUGGCGGGGGGAAGGACCUUGAAUGAUGAGCGGAAUGCGGAGACAGAAGGGAGGGAGACGGAGGAACUGAAGAGGCCCGCUGACAUCCCGCCCCCCGGCCCCGCCGGCAAGGAGGACGCUGGAACGAUGCUGCCGGAAGAGACCCCGGCCGAGCUGUCCGGCAGCCGCCCCCCUUCCCCGAGCCCCGCCCCUUGCUCCGCCCCCGUCGUGGCCCGCUGCAUCUGGAGCCUGGAGCUGCUGAUCGCGGCCGCGCUCUGCGGAGAUGUGGAACCUGGCCCGGCCCCAGCUGCCCUGCCCCUGCCGUGUGGCACCCUGGACUGUGGCCACCGUGGCAUGGAGCUGCUGAGCGAGCUGGCCGGCCUGGAGCUGCGGCACCAGCGCGGCUGUUCAGGGAGCAGCCAAGGAGAAGAGUUGCUGACCUUUGACCUCCAGAGCCUGGCCACCCUGGCGGCCGCCCGUGCCUUGGAACUGGACUCUGCUUGUGAACAGAGUUCCAGUUCAGGGCGGUUUGGCCCCCUACGGAGGACCCUCAACCUCCGCAGAAAGAGCAGCUGGACACCCCGGAAUGAGCCGGCUUGUCCGGCGAAGGUCGCCAUGGAGACGCUGGACGGGCAGGAGCUGGCCAUGCGGGUGCGACUGGCAGAGCUGCAGCGACGCUAUAAGGAGAAGCAGAAAGAGCUGGCCAAGCUGCAAAGGAAGCAUGACCACCAGAAAGAGGAGACGUGUCGCAGCCCAGCGCGCCGAGGACCGGGCCGACCGCGGAAGCGCAAAUCCAACGUCGCUUCCGGCCCCUCGGCUCCUUCGGAGACCCCCAGGAGGACCAGCUCUCUGGGGGCGGGGCUCGGCUCGCUGGCCGAAGAAGCCCGGGCACCUGGGGAGUCACAGAGGAAGAAGAAGAGGCUCUCGAGUCGCACCUACGACCACCUCGGCUCGACGCAGGCGGAAGAGCCGAGUUCAAGGCCGGGCAUUCGCCAGGGGGUGCUGAGCUCCAAACUCGCCCGCAAGGUGUCGCAGCUCAAGCGGAAGGCCAAGGCCAAGCGGGCCGCCCCUGUGGGAAGUAUGUUUCGCCACAAGGAGGCCCCCGGCCCCGGCCUGACCCCACAGCGCCCCCCGAGGGCCGAACGCCAAGCCGCCAGCGAGUCCGGAGGCCAGAGCGACACAGCUCCCAGCAUAGAUGGGAACAGCCUGGAAAGCCAGGGUCAGAGGAGGAGCCCCACCCACCUGCAGACCAGGCCCCGCCUCCUCCGCACCGGCAGCAGCCGACCCCCGGCGCAGGGGACGACGGGAGAGAAGGACACGUCUCCCACGGAGAGCGACUCCUCAGAGCCGGAAGAUGAGGAUGAAGGCAGCUAUGACAGCGAGGAAGGCCACGACAGCGCUAAGAGUCGUCCCGCUAAGGAUGUGUCGCCGGGCGGGCCUGUGAUUGACCCCUGUCCGUCGUCGGUGGUGAAGCUGGAGGCCAAUCAGAAGGCCAAGAAUAAAAAGGAAAGACAAGGACUGCUGGGCGCUCUGCACCUGCCUGGCGUGGUGGAGGGAGAGGUGAAGGUGAGGAAGCGGGCCCCCGGCAGGACGGCGGCUCCCCCCGCGGCGGGUCCCAGGAUGGCGCAGGGCUCCAAGGCACCGCCGCUGACCCGUCAGAAGAAGCCGCUGCUGCAAGGGAGGCUGGGUUCCGGGGUGGGGCCUUGCGGUCGCAGGGGGAGGAUCGGCGUCCUGUCCAUGUCCAGCGAAAGGCUGAAGAAGGCCGCUCGCAAAACCACGGCGCUGCAGGCUCCUCUGGCCAAGAGGAGAGCAUGCUGGGCAGGCUUGGCACCUCCAGUCCGCAGCGACGACCUCGGCCGCGGCAGACGGGACAGGAACAAGCAGACGAAGGGUCGCGCCGUGAGUCGCCUGCUGGAGAGCUUCGCGGCGGACGAGGGCUUCCAGAUGGACGCGGACAGCAGCUUCUCGGAGGGAGACGAGAAGGGCGACGACGAGGACAGCCCGGCGCACCCGCGUAGAUCGCCCUCCGCAGCCGUGCCCAACUGCGUUCUCACCAAGGAGCUGCUGGUCGAUGGGCUGAAGGUCCUCAUCGCCAAGGAGGACGAGCUUCUCUACGCAGCCUACGUUCAAACCCUGGACCUCCCCGACAUCUACAGCGUUGUCAUCGAGGGAGAGAGGGGAAACAGACCCAGGAUUUACUCCCUGGAGCAGCUGCUGCAGGAAGCGGUGCUCGAGGUGCGCCCAGAGACGGGUGCCAGACUGGCAGCAGGAACGCGAGUGUGUGCGUACUGGAGCGAGCGCUCGAGAUGCCUCUAUCCUGGAUACGUACAAAGAGGGGGUCCUGGGGAGGAGCCGAAGGAGGGAAGUGUCAUGGUGGAGUUUGACGAUGGAGACAGGGGUUGGAUCUCGCUGCACAACGUCCGCUUUCUUCCACCCGACUACCAGAUCCAUUGUGCGGAGCCAUCGCCUGCCCUCAUCUCACGCAGCCGCCAGGGUCCCCGGAGCUGCGCCCUAGAGAAGAGCGGGCUGAGCAACGCAUCCUCUGAGCGGCAGGAUAACAUGGCGACUACAAGGACCCAGGAAAGCAAGACUUUUAGCAAAGCCAAGUCAGGCAAACCAAAAAGCGUCAACUCAGGAACAAAGAGUCCCACGUCGGACAGCGUUAGCAAGAGCGGCGCUCUUCUCACCGGUUGGCCUGCGGUAGCCGUGCCCAGGAAGAGGCCAAAUAACAACAUGUUUCAGUUCAAUGGCACUCCUAGGAAAAUGCUCAAAGGGAGGGAGGAGAUGUUCCCACUUCUUACAGCUUCAACUGCAACCCCAGCCAAAGGCAUCUUCAGAAGCACUUUUGAGGUAGACUCUUUCAGUAGCAUAGCUAACGGCUACUCAUCCUUUGGCAGCCAGACGGCCAUCGUGCCUCUCAGUGCCAAGAGUGUCCCCUGCAGCCGAGGCAGAAGGCCGGGGGAGGUGGGGGCUUUACGGGGCAGGAAGGCCGGUGCAGAGUUCCUAGUCAAGCUUGACCACGAGGGGGUGACCUCCCCGAAGACCAAAAACAGCAAAGCCUUGCUGUUGCUCAGCAAUUCUGGCCAGAGCGAGAGGACGGACAAGACCUUUGGGACUAAAAGCUUAGGGGAGAUGCCCUCUUCGGUGGGGUACUCGCAUCCCGUCCUGCUUGUGAAGGACAACAAGAAAGGCGGAAGCACUCGUGCCGAACUGCUACUAAAGGGGGCCUCGCAUCUGCGGAAACCCUCACCCGUCAUGACUAUGGGUGAGUAUUCUGACUUUGGCAUGAAUUGCCUGAGCAACUGCCACGGAUUCUAUUCCGACAUGGAUGAGGAGGAUGAGGAAGACGAGAGUCGACUGGCCGCAGCCUCAGGUGGCCUCCGGACUGCAGGACGUUUCCUCUCCCGCCUCUCCGUGUCCUCGUCGUCCUCUGGUUCUUCCAGCUCCUCCAGCUCCGGUUCCUUAUCUAGUUCCAGCCUCUGCUCCUCAGACAACGACUCGUCCUACAGCUCCGAUGAUGAGGAAGGCUCCACGCUGCUGCUGCAGGGAUGCCUUUCUUCUCACCAUGCCUUGUUGCAGCAAUCCCCAGAGCCACCAUCGGCCCCGGCGCAACACACGUUCGUGGCAAAGGCUAAGGCCAUCCCCAGCACCAAGGGUUCAGGGGGCAAUAACGGCAGCAACAACAGUGCUAACAUCAAGCCGCUGAGGAGGAAAGACUGCCCCAACUCUCCCUCCUCACUGUCGCCAUCGCGAAGUCCCAUGCACCGUGCCAGGAAGGAGCGGUUGCCAUUGACCAACAGCGUACCCAAGAUGGCUUCCUUUCUUCCAGCAAGACAGCUUUGGAGGUGGUCCGGUAAUCCCACGCAGAGACGAGGAAUGAAGGGCAAAGCGCGCAAGCUCUUCUACAAGGCCAUAGUGCGUGGACGGGACACGGUCCGCGUUGGUGACUGCGCCGUGUUUCUCUCUGCUGGCCGACCGAACCUGCCCUACAUUGGCCGCAUCGAGAGCUUCUGGGAAUCCUGGGCCAGCAACAUGGUGGUGAAGGUGAAGUGGUUCUACCACCCAGAAGAGACGAAGCUCGGCAAGAGGCACAGGGACGGCAAGCAUGCCUUGUACCAAUCCUCCCAUGAAGACGAGAAUGAUGUACAGACCAUCUCCCACAAGUGUCAGGUGGUGAGCCGGGAGGAGUACGAGCAGCUAAGCUGCAGCCGGAAGCCAUCCGCCAGCAGCCAGGACCUCUACUACCUGGCUGGGAGUUAUGACCCCACCAGCGGUCAGCUAGUCACGGUCGACGGGGUGUCCAUCCUCUGCUAGCAGCCUCCACUGCUGGCCUCCUAGUAAUACUACUGAACGACCUGAGCCCUCAGCGAAGGUCGAGGAACUGUCCAUUGCAGCUGAGAAGAGGAGUGAAAGGGGUGUGACGGUGGUCACCUUUGUGGCGACCAUCUUUCCCCGUCUUCAUUUUCCGCUCCCCCUCUGCUGGAUGCAAACUGGGAACGCUUGGCUUGGACCAAGUGAGAGAAGCAUCGCUCUUGAAGGCGCACAGGACUCCAGCACACCUCGAUAGGCACAGGCCUACCUGAGGCUCGCCACUAGAGCAAGCUGUUGUCAUCCACAGCACUCCAGCACAUCGGCCCAAAUCCCAGAGCAUCUCAAGGCUGAUUCCGGCAGGAGUCUUAGCUAGGGGCCUAAAGGGGAAGCGGUCCAAGUUUGAAAGUUGCGAUCGCCCCUAAGGAGUUGCUGGGAUGAGCGGUCAACCACUGGAGCGUGAUUGAGUUUUCUUCCUGCAGACCAAACAAACGCACAGGCAAGAAGAUCUGUGAGGUCAGAUCAUCUUGCAUUGGAACAGCAUUACAGGUCCUAAGGUGUCCAGGAUCGUGACAUGCACGGGUUUUACAGUGAUCCUGGUAGGACCAAACAGACAAGCUUUUGACCAUAGUGCAGCCUGACUAUGUAUCUGUUUGGGGGACACGGGGCGUGCACUGGAGUGGUACAAGAACUGGUACGUAGAGCACUGGCCCAAUAAGAGUGUCCAGGACACUCUCUAGACCUCAGUUUAUGCUUUUGUAACACCCUGGCAACUACAUGAGUUAUUAUAAAAGUAUAUAAAUAAAUUAAUUUUCUCUACGUAAAAAUUAAGGAAUGAUUUUCCAAUUAAGCCAUACAUUUAAGUACCUCUUGCCUAUCUUCCUAUUCAGGUUGUAUAGCUGUACAGAUCAAUGAUAAUUUUCCUUGUUUUUAUAUGUAUAUCUGUAAGAAGAGAGAACUUU